GUGAGCUUAGACCGUGUAAAGAAAAUAACAGGGAAAAGUGUACAAACAUACAGUGUCGACCUUUUAGAUAAAGAUGGUCUGAGAGAUAUAUUCAAAAAGCACAAGAUAUUUUGUGUAAUGCACUUUGCUGGACUGAAAGCUGUUGGAGAAUCCUGCCAAAAACCAUUGCUGUAUUAUAAAACAAAUGUAGGAGGAACUGUCAAUCUGUUAGAGGUGAUGAAAGAAUUUGAAGUGUAUAACAUGAUAUUCUCAAGUUCUGCCACAGUUUAUGGUUCACCAAGUUAUCUCCCCAUAGAUGAGAAACACCCCACAGGAGGCUGUACUAAUGCAUAUGGCAAAACAAAGUAUUUUAUUGAAGAAAUACUAAAAGAUAUAUGCACUGCUGAAAAGCAAUGGAACGUUGUGUUGUUACGCUACUUUAAUCCUGUAGGAUCUCAUGUAUCAGGGAUGAUAGGGGAAGAUCCCCAAGGUAUUCCAAACAACCUAAUGCCAUUUAUAUCUCAGGUUGCUGUAGGUAGACGGAAGGAGUUGACAGUAUAUGGUGAUGAUUAUGACACUCCAGAUGGCACAGGUGUGAGAGACUAUAUACAUGUUGUUGACCUGGCUCAAGGUCAUGUAGCAGCUUUAAAACGCCUUGAAAAAGGAUGUGGAUGUAAAGUAUAUAAUUUAGGAACUGGCAAAGGUUUUUCUGUGAUAGACAUGGUAAAGGCUUUUGAGAAGGCCUCGGGCAAACCUAUACCAUAUAAAAUAGCAGGACGUAGAGAAGGAGAUAUAGCCUCGUGUUACGCAAAUGCUGCUUUAGCAGAACAAGAACUAGGCUGGACAGCAAAACUUGAUCUCUCUAAAAUGUGUGAGGAUUUAUGGCGCUGGCAGUCAAACAAUCCCAAUGGUUUCCGAACUGAAGCAAGCACUUAAUAAACAUUUAUAUAUUUUAACUUAAACAUCCAAAGAAACUAGUUUUUAGAUAGGCUUUAUUGGUGUGAGGGACUUGUGAUUAGCUGAUUGAAGUAUAGAUAAAGACAUUGAAAGAUUUUGGGAUGUAAAAUAAGUAUUGUAGGCCAAGCAAAGUAUUUUUUUAGAGGUUUUUACUAACCCACCUGAUUUAGUUAACAUUUUUAAACUUUAAGCUUUUUGCAAUGUUUAAGUUCCCCACAGAUGAAAUCUGUGGUGGGAUAUUGAAAUGCUUUGUUUUCCAUUAGUCCAGAUCCAUAUAUAAUCUUGGAAUUGGUUUGCUUAAUUUUCUGAUACUCAAAAAUAGUAUAUGAUGAUAUGGAAUGUAUAUAUGAGACAAUCACAAAAUGCUAUCAAAUUUCAUAGAUUGGUUUUUGAGUUAUGGUCCUUAUUUUACUUUAAAAAAAAGGGAUGCAUUAUUUAUUGUUUUUUGCGAAGUCAAUUAUAACAUCAAAAAGAAUUAUUACAAAAUGAAAACUUAUUUAUAUAUACACAUGUUCACUCACUAUAUACCCUUGGAUGGGCAUAAUGUCACUUUAAUUUUACAGUUGUGAUUUUAGAAAUCUUAAUUCAGGGGUUAUUUUGGGAAUCAAGAGCUUCUACUUUAUACGUAUACCAGUGUUAUAUGUUAAAAGUGUACACCUUUAAUGCCUUUGAAGUUGAGGAUAAUAAUGGCAGCUGUGUAAAAGUUGUGUAUAUGAUUGUGUAACAGUGUAUAUAAUUGUGUAUGAAACACAUUUAAUCAAGACAGCAUGAUUUACACCAACUCGAUACUUGGUAAUUUAACUUUUCAAAGAAAACAGAACCUACUCUGGCAUUGGCAUAACACUUUGUUGAGAUUUUGAGUACAGCUUUAUUUCUUUACCAACAACUGAAGGAAUUCCAUUGAAACUUUGGGGAACACAUUUACCGUGUGAAAUACCAAUAGUCACAUGAUUUAACCUCCUGAAUGUAAGCUGAAAAUGUUGAUAAUUUUUCAUCAAUAUACACAAAAUUAUGUACUGUACUUUGGAUGCACUUUCAUGCUAUUAGUACAGUCUCUAUGUUGGUCAUUAUCAUUUAAACCUCAUACAAAUGUUCUUUUGGCGGUCCUCUUACAAAGUUGUUUAAAAAAUCCAGUUUUUUUUUCCUUCCAAUUUUUUAUCAAUGUACUCAGGUGAGCCGUUAAAUUUGAGCUGUUUAAUUGUGUGUGUGUUGCAAUGUGUUUAUUUUAUAUUAUCUUGUCACUGUGAUAUUUAGAGGAGCAGAGCUGUAAAAUGUAAAUCGACCUGCGUAACACUAAGCUUGCUGGUGGCAACUGAAACUACCUAUGCCACCAGUGCAGACCAAGAUCAGCCAGCACUUCCCAGCCAUCCUUGUGGGCUAGCUCUAAUGUGUAUUAGAUCUAAUAUGUUUUAAUGCAUAUGUUUUUUGGGUGUUUUUCUUUCUUUUUUUUUCAAAAUAAAAUGUACUAUUAAGGUUUUCAAUGCUUAACAGGUUUUCCUCAUUUCAUUUUUUUUUUUAAACAUAUAUUUACAAAUGUAAUAUGUGAAAUAGAUUCAUGGUGUUUUUGUUGUUGUUUUUUAAACAUAACACCCCAUAUUUUAAUAUUCAUAUACAUAUGAUAUAUUAACGAAUUAUAAUACAAUGUAUAGUAAAUCAGUAUAUUUUAUAUAUCUUUUGAUGUUGAUGUCACAUAUUUUUCUCUUAAAGAAUUUGUGUACUUUUGCACUUACGCAAACAUUGUUAUGUUAAGUUAAAUAUGACAUCAUUGUACAGUGCUGUAUUUAACGGACUGCUAAAUUCCCCCCAUUUGAUGUGGUAGGUUGAUCACCUGGAUAAAUGCUUUAUAAAAUUUUCGGUAAAACACAAAAUUCAAGAAUGUCUAAGGCAUAUUAGAUGUGCAUUUUCAUGUGGGCUUCUUACAAAAAUUAUGAUCCUGAGGUGAAAAUAGCCCCAUCUCUGAUAACUUAAUGUCUACUUUAAUGUAUAGCAUUACUCAGGGGAGCGAUAUUGGCUCACUUUGGUCUUACACUGUUAUAUUCCUUGCUUGACUGUUUCCAAUGGAAACUUUUUUAUUAGUAUUGUAAUUUUAUAUAAUGGUAUCAGAAAUGUGUUGUUUAUCACAUACCCGUGCCGAAUUUGCGGCUCAAUAAAAGUGGUAUUGCAUGGCCGUGCAUAUAUUUUAACAUGAAGUCAUUUGCAUUAUUAUACAAACAUAGUGUAAAGACUGACUCACUAUAAAAUGUUAGCGUUACACUAUUUUGCAUGCCAAAGGCUCGCAUAAAAUAAUCUUAUUAAACUUGUUCAAUAAAUUUAGUAUUAAACCUACACUCAUUCAGUAUGCUUUAUUUUCAUAUCUAAUUUUUAUUGUCAAACUUUUUUUUAAUAUAAUUGAAUAUUUAUGUCCAUGAAAUGCCUUGUAAAGAACAAUAUUUUGUGAUAUUUUAAAUAUCUUUACUAAAAUUCAAAACCAGUUAAAAGAAAAGAUUAGUUUAAAUUGUUACUAAAAGCCAAUUUACAUAUGUCUUACAUUAAAUUGUGUUUACCUGUUAUAUUUUCAUUCCACCAGAAAGUCAAAGACCCAUGCCACACAUUUACAUGAAAUGAUACUGUUAUAGAUUAAAUAUGUUUGUUGUUAUCUUUUAUGUAUAUUUGAAGGGUUAUUAUUAAUGAAAUGGUGUGGUUUUAAGUUGUUUAUUAUUUAGUGCUAGAUACUACACAUUUAUGUGUUUGAAUUUAAUAAAAGGGAAUCAAUUCA